UAAAGUCUUGCACUCCAGCAAAAUGAGAUGCUUUCAUAAUUGGCUUGUCAUGUUUUUCCGCAGAGCUUUUUCUCAUUUUGAUCACUUUCUCCAAAAUCAAGAAUCAUCAGUGGUCAACAAGUUCCAGCAGAAAUACUGGAAAACCAAGCAAACACUGAUUAAAGUGACAGGAAAGAAGGAAGAUGAACAUGUCAUUGCUUCUGAUGCUGAUUUGGACGCUAAACUGGAGGUGUUUCAUUCAGUACAGAAAACAUGCAUGGAGCUCCUUAAGGUCAUUGAACAGUAUCAGAUGAGAAUCAGCUUUUUGUCCCAGGAGGAGAAUGAACUGGGUCGGUUCCUGCGUUCACAGGGCUCUCAGGACAAAAGCCGUGCUGGAAAGAUCAUGCAAGCUACUGGAAAAGCUCUCUGCUUCUCUUCACAGCAGAGAUUGGCACUGCGAGGUCCACUGGGCCGUCUGUACCAGGAAGUCGAGACAUUUCAUUACCGAGCUAUUUCGGACACAUGGCUGACGGUGAACAGGAUGGAGGAGUCACGGACUGAGUACAGAGGAGCUCUGCUCUGGAUGAAGGACGUUUCUCAGGAGCUGGACCCGGACACACACAAGCAGAUGGAGAAGUUCCGUAAGGUUCAAACUCAGGUUCGUCAUACCAAGACAGGUUUUGACAAACUGAAGAAUGAUGUGUGCCAGAAGGUUGAUCUGCUCGGAGCCAGUCGGUGUAAUCUGCUCUCAUACGUCCUGACAACCUAUCAGACAAACAAGCAGUGAUAUUACGACGCAUUCCCCGCAAAUCUGUUCACCUGUUGUGUCUGAUACUCCAGGGUUUAGAUCGAUCUGCACAGAAAAAGGUAAAGAAGAAAACGAAGGAAAAAGCAGAAGAUGGGGAGACGAGUCAGAAUACCCAUGAAACGUAGGAGCCUCAUUUCGUUUUUUAGUUUGAUAUGUGAUAUAAAAUCUAAUCACGUUUGUUUUCCCUUCCAGGCUUAUUUCAAUUGAAGAAGAAACUCUGAGCAGUAACCUCAUGCAAACAGGUAAAACUGAAUUUUAUCCACAGUAAUUGAAUUUAUGCUUUGAUCAACAGUUCAAUAUUGUUGAGCAGUGACUUUGCAUUGUACAUACAGGAAAUGAUGACACUUUCUCUGGCGGUCUGGAGAAGGAUGGCUUAAGUUUGUUGAAUGAGAUCCUAGGCAGUAGUUCUCUGGAGGACAGGGGUUUCUCAAGGGAAUGGCGCGAGGUGUUUGGAGAAGAUGAUCCCACCGGCGGUAGCAGAGCAGAGACGCAGCCGCCCGAGGAGGAGCAAGCUUUCUUUCUGCCUUCCAAACUACUCGACCAGAACAUGAAGGACGUACAGUCCACAGUCUCAGGUCUGCAGAAACAUCUGAGCAUUGGCAGAAAGUCUGCUUCACUCUGCAGCUUAUGCUGGACAAGAACUGUCCACUUAGACAGGAUCUUCUGUCUGAAACAGAUGAUACACUAAUAAUAGAAACAAACUAUACACUGCAGUUCAAUUGGGGUUGGUACGAUUUUUUAAUGUUUUGAAAGUAAGCUUGAAAGUUUUAUAUUUAGUAAUAUUUUAAAAUGUAAUUUAUUCCUUUGUUCAAAGCCAAAUUUUCAUCACCAUUCCUCCAGUCUUCAGUGUCAAACAUUUACUAUUAUCAAUGUUGAAAACAAUCGUGCUGUUUAAUAUUUCUGUGGAAACCAUGAUUCUUGAAUCAAAUUCAAGAG